ACGCCAUUCUGACCAGAAAUAAUGCAAACUCAAAAUUCCACAUGCUUGUAAUUUCUUCUAUAUUCGAUUUGGGAUUAAAAUACAUACAGGGAGAGUUUGAUUCAAUUAUAAUUGGAAAUUUGCUGUAAUUAACUGAUCGAUGGUAGUUGUCAUUUGCGCAAAUUUGAAAGCUUAGGUUAGUUUUUGUGUCGGAAAACUCCGAAAAGAUACGUCGCACCAUCCAAGACCUUUUUUGUAUUGAUUUCAAAGCUUUUUCAUAUCUCCACCUUGAAUGAAUUUAAUUCCAGACAUACCAGAUAAUUGUAUGCCUAUGGAUUGAGGAAUAUGAUAUUUAACAAAAGGAGAUUUGUUAAAAGUUCUGUGCUAUUUUAGACUUUGAUACGGGAGUUCCUUUUGCGUUAUCACUCUAAAAUGGGUGAUCAGGGCGAAAAUGAUAUUUUCGAUGAUGAAAUUCUUGACUAUGGAUUAGCUUCAUUUGGGUCCUACUUGAUCCCGUCAAUUCUACUGAUUUUUGGUGCUCUCACAUUAUUUGAUGUGAUUGCUUUGAACACAUUGAAAAUCAUCCUUCUACUUUGCAUAAUACUGUUUGUGGUACUACCCAUCAUCUACCGGUAUUCUUACGCAUUUCAAAGGUCGGCAGUUUUUUUGAAUUUCAUUAAUGUACCUGCCACGGCCAAUUAUCAACACCCAGAAAAGUACGGACUAAAUGGAGCCAGAAAUUUCUACAUAACAGUGGAUGAUGUUAAAUUGGGUGCCUGGCAGAUCCUGCCCAGCAACUUAGAAAACACCAACGAUGCAAGCCAUGAGUUUUUCGAGAAAAUGCUGAAUGACGGUCAAAAUGUGGUCAUUUAUAAUCAUGGAAAUGGAGGAUGCCGGCUGACCGCCCAUCGAGUCGAGACUUACCAAGUUUUGAGGAAGUUUUUCCAUGUCAUCACUUAUGACUAUAGAAGUUACGGAGACUCUUCGAGUAAACCCCCAAGCGAGCAGACGGUUGUGGAAGACAUUUUGCAUGUUUACCAAUGGGUGAGGAACCGAACAGAAAGCAAUGUGUUCAUUUGGGGACAUUCAUUGGGCACGAGCGUCUCUACCCAUGCCAUACAGAAGAUUCAGACUUUGAGCACUUCUCAGCCUGUAGGGUUGGUUUUGGAGGCUCCUUUUAAUAAUAUGAAAGAGGAGAUUAGUGAGUUUCCUCUGGCAAAAAUUUUCAAGUUCCUGCCUUGGUUCCGAUUAACUAUCGUUGAGCCCAUGUCUGAGAACUUCCGCUUUGAAACUGAUAAGUAUAUUUGCGGAGUCAAUCUCCCAAUCAUGAUUUUACACGCUGAGGACGAUAAAGUCGUACCGUAUAAGUUAGGGGUGAAGCUGUAUCGAAGUGCUCUGAAGUGUCGUUCAGAGAGUCAAGGAACUCUGUUGUUCCACCGUUUUAGCGCGGACCAUAAAUUCGGACAUAAGUUUAUCUGCAGAGCUGCGGAUCUCCCGGAUAAGAUCAGCAAUUUCAUUCAAUUGGCCCUGGAAAACAAAAGUGACAAACUUCUUCAACAAUAAGUAGCUUGAGGGUGGUUCAGCUGCCUCAGAAUUUUUCAAGUAGCAAUUCCCUCUGUUAGUCCAACUGUAAGUCUGUGAUGUAUUUAUUAAUUUUCAUGGGAAUUGUUAACCGAGCAAAAAUUAGCGAACGUCGAGAAAACAAUUAAAGGUAACUCAACCUUCGCACGUUCUUUGAAUCUUGUAUUUUUGCACUAAGCAAUGAAGCGGUGUUCUCAGGCUCUCUGAUAAUAUUUCUCUUAUACAUUAAGUAUUACCAAUAAAUUUGAAAUUAAAUUAAUGAAAAUCGAAAUUAAAUAAUAGUAAAUAGUAGGUAAACUACUGCGAUACAUGAACAAUUCUUUAUUUAAAUAUAGUCAGUGAACAAUAA